CCAGAAUAAACAUGUACGCUAAGUUGAUCGUCGCUCUUUGCGCUUUAGGCGUCGCCCACGGAAGUGGCCUCUUGGCCGCUGCCCCAGUGGCAUACAGCAGCCACGCCGUCGCUGCUCCCGCUGCCGUUGUCUCCAGGACCAUCACCCCCGGAGUCACCUCAGUGUCCUCAUACUCUACCCAGACCGCACACGCCUCUCCCGUCACCACCUACGCCGCCGCCCCCGUCGCCACCUACGCUGCUGCCCCCGUCGCCACCUACGCCGCUGCUCCCGUAGCUAGCUACGCUGCCGCACCCGUUGUCGCCAGGAGCUACGCCGCUCCCGCCUACAACACCUACGCCGCUGCCGCUCCCGCUGUAGUGACCAGGACUAUCUCUCCUGCCAGCACAUCUUACUCUUCCUACUCAACCUCCACCUCUCACGGAUCUCCCGUCGCGACUUACGCCGCCGCUCCCGCUGUAGCCACCUACGCCGCUCCCGCCGUGGCCUCAUACGCCGCCCCAGCCUACACCUCAUACGCCGCUCCCGCUGUCGCCUCUUACGCUAGGACCUACGCCGCACCCGCCGUAGCUACUUACUCCCGAGCGUACGCCCCCGUAGUCUCCACCUACGCCGCGGCCGCGCCCGUCCUCAGAUCAGCUGUGUCUUACUCCGCCGCCCCCGCCGUGUCUCACAUUGCCUACAAUGCCCACGGUGCCAACUACGCCUGCAAUUGCUACGGAAAUUAUUCAGUUACCGAAUUUAAUUACACCAACAUGUUCGCUAAGUUGAUCGUUGCUCUGUGCGCCGUAGGGCUUGCUCACGGCAGUGGCCUUCUGGCGGCCGGUCCUGUUGCAUACAGCAGCCACGCUAUCGCGGCACCUGCAGCCGUUGUCUCCAGGACUAUCACCCCCGCGGUCUCCUCCAUCUCUUCCUACUCUACCCAGACCGCACACGCUGCUCCCGUCGCGACUUACGCCGCUGCUCCCGUCGCCACUUACGCCGCUGCUCCCGUCGCCACUUACGCUGCAGCUCCCGUCACCACCUACGCCGCUGCUCCCGCCAUCCGCGCCUACGCCUCUCCCGCCAUCAGCACAUACACAGCUCCCGCCAGCACUUCAUACUCUUCUUACUCAACCUCAACCUCCCACGGAUCUCCCAUCGCCACUUACGCCGCUGCUGCCCCAGCUGUAGCUGUGACCCGCACCAUUGCCCCAGCUGUGUCUUCCUACUCUUCCUACGCCGCACCCGCUGUUGCAGCGUACGCCGCCCCCGCUUACACCUCUUACGCCAGGACUUAUGCUGCGCCCGCCAUUGCCUCCUACGCCAGGACUUAUGCUGCCCCCGCUCUGACCUCAUACGCUAGGACCUACGCUGCCCCUGCUGUCGCGUCUUACUCCAGAGCGUACGCCACCCCCGUUGUUUCCACCUAUGCCGCGGCCGCUCCCGUCCUCCGAUCAGCUGUAUCAUACUCCGCCGCACCCGCCGUGUCUCACAUUUCUUACAAUGCCCACGGUGCCAACUACGCUUGUUACUCUGUAAAUAGAUACCGUAACUCUAACAUGUACUCUAAGGUCAUCAUUUUCCUUUGCGCCGCGGGGAUCGCUUCCGCUGGCAACCUAUUGCACGGUGCACAUGUGGCAUACAGUGCGCCUGCCACAUCCGUAUCUUACUCUACAACUACCACGUCACACGCGGCUCCCGUCGCUGCUUACGCUGCACCGGCAGUUUCCUACGCAGCCCCAGCGGUUUCCUACGCAGCCCCAGCGGUUUCUUACGCGGCCCCGGCGGUUUCCUACGCAGCCCCAGCGGUUUCCUACGCAGCUCCAGCGGUUUCCUACGCAGCACCCGUCGCUUCGUACGCUGCCCCGUUAGUUACCAAGGCAGUAGCACCUGUUGCUGCAUACGCUUCUGCUCCGUCGGUGUCCCACCAAAGUGUUUCUAUUCAAACUAGCCCAGUAGCGUACGCCGCUUCCGCACCUGUGUUAGCAAAGAGUUAUGCCGCGCCCUUAGUCACUAGAACUUAUGCCGCUGCUCCCGUUGUGAGAUACGCUGCCGCUGCUCCUGCUAUAAGGACAUACGCCGCUGCCGCUCCAGUCAUCGCUAGAAGUUAUUCCGUACCUGCGAUCGCCAGCUAUGCUGCACCUGUGGCCCGUACGGUAUCUUACGCUGCUCCGGUGUCCUAUGCUGCUCCGGUGUCCUACGCUGCUCCUGCCUAUUCAACUUAUGCUGCUGCUCCCGCUGUUUCUUACGCUGCCGCUCCUGCUCUCUCAGUUGGAUACGCUGGUCACGGAUGGGCUCGCAACGGAUGGGGCGUUGGCCACGGAUGGUAA